GCUCUGUACUCGACGGAGCGGGUUGAAAUGGCGAAACUUGGGCGGCGUGGAAAUGUCAUACAAACAUCCAGUCGGAGCCUUUGAGAAUAUAAACACAGAAACCGGGCCUAGUGAAGCUGGAUACUCUCUUUAGGCUGCGGGUUGAGGUGUACCGAGGGAUACUGUGGGGUUCAUGUUGACCUCUUCCCAGGAGCACAUCCCUCUCAAAGUUACACCAAUGGAGGAGGAUGUGCUUUGUGCCGUCCGUCAUGCUAAACCACAAAUCGUCUGUCACUCUUCUGUUUUGCACAGCCGUGAUGAAGUCAGAGGGUCGUCUCCACGCAGAAGAAGCGAUCGGCUUCUCAGGAGCAAAGAUCAGCCUGAGGAAAAAGCCCGGCCUGAGAACAGUGCUGGAGCACCAGCUCAGCGACUCAGCACAUCCCUCGUCCAGAAAGAGAAAUCCAGCAGGAAAUGCUGUGAAAAUACUGAUGAAAUUCAGUGGCCUGGAGAUAAGACUUUAAGGAGCUGUAAGCGGAAGUUGGAGUUAACCAUGCCGUCACACAUCUCUUCGGCUUCAACCAUUGUUGAGAAGCACAGCUGCAGUUCGGUGGAGUUUGAGUCAAAAUGCACAGGAAGCCCUCCACCAGCAAAGAGAUGGGUGAUCGGUCCGCUUUUCCAGUCAUUGAAGUCCAAGAUGGCGAGCUUCACUGAGAUCGUCAUGAGUCCCGUUAGACUUUUCAAACCUAAUGACUCUUCACUCUCAGAUGCCUCCCCUAGCCAUUGUGAACAGCUGACUGAUUUCAAUAAAGAAAUAAAGAAAGAAUGUUCAUCCAGAGCUAAGGAGGAACAAGUGAAUGUUGAAAAAGAUGACAAAGAUGAGGUGUUCUCAAAAGAAGAGACAAUAUGUACUCCUCAGUCUACAGUUGUACAGAGACUUAGGUUCAACACACAUUCAAGUAAUGUAAGCGACUCUGUUCCGCAAUCAGAAAAUGAAAGCAGUGGUGUCUUAUCUUUGCCACAGUCUGUUCCAGAAAAUGAUUCUUCAAACCCCAGAGAUUUGUCCACACAGUUUGAAGAACCAAUAGAGUCUUCAAGUGUCCAGGAACAGAUAUCGCAGGAUAAACCAGAAUAUAAAAAAGAAGUCCAUACAGCUACCUCAACAUCUGAACAAACUGACAUGUCUAAUUUAGCUCAGGAAAAAUUUGGAUGUACUAAUCCUAAACUGAUCGUUGAAUUAACAGACAUGGCACAUACUCUUGGUAUAAGGUCACCAAUUCAUGAAGCUCCACAUCAAAAUACCUCAUCUUUUUCAUCCUCUUUGACUGAAGAUGUACAAAAAAAAGACCUUUUCGACUGUAAGGAGCCAAGUUUGAAGAUUCCCAUCAGGACAAGCCCUAGAAAAACAAUGAAACUUUCAUCUAAAAAUAAAGGAAUGUCUGUAAAAUCAGGUAAAAAAGGUUCUGCGACAUUAUCUGAGGCCUUGGACUACGUAAAACCUGGAUUAAGGUCUGCGUCGAACAGUAAAGCACAUGUUCAGCAUUUGUCCAAGGAUAAGGAUGUUUUGACCCCUGUCUGUGAAACAGAGAAGAAAAGGAAAGAUACUCCAAAUACAUUCUCUGUCAGAGGUUUGGAGAAGGAAGAGUCUGUCAAGAAGGUGACGAAUAGUUCCAAAAGGACAAGGAAGGAAUGCAAAUUUGACCAUAUGGAUGAAUCACCUACGGUCACACUAACAAGAAUCGAUGGGAAUGUGACAUCAGUUGGUAAACGGAAGAAGGUCCAAGUUACAGACAGCGCAGCACUUCGUAUUUGUAACGCCAGCGUUGUUGUAGAAAUGAUUGAAUCUGUUCCAGAGAGUUCAGGUAAUGAAGCAUCUGUGGAAAAACAGAAAAUAGGCCAAAAUAGAGCAUCUAGGAGUAAAAGUAGGAGAGAUGCACAAUGUAGAACACCGGCAGUCUUAGGAAGCAAGAACAAUGUCAGCGACCACUCGUCUUCCUCAGACGCAAUGAAAAGUGCCUUGAUGGAUAACAGUUGGCAGGGUAAAAAAACAGACCUGAGUGACUAUGGGGCUGACAUCCCAGUAGAAGCUCGUCAAUCAAUAAGAUCCGUGAGCCCGCAGAAGAUGGCUAAAGAUGAGCCUUCAGUGAUGUCUACUAGAUCUCGAAAGAUGAGACAGUGCAAAGUGAUGCUGUGUAAAAUAAGGAAAACUGAGGACUUGGAAACAGGUGUAGAAACCCACUCUUUAGCUGGAAAGACUAAAGAACCUUUAGCCAAAAAUAGGCACCAAGAUUGUGAAGAAAUGAUCAAUGCCUCUGAUCAUGAACAUUCAAAAAUUACACUUAGGAACCACAGUCGUCAAGCUAAGCAUAAACUUGAGACUUCCAGUGCAGCUUCAGUGGUUUCUUCAAAUUGGCCUGCGAUUAAAAAGCCAACUGUCAGUGCCAACAAAUCAGAAAACAGAGCAGCUAAAAGAGCUACUGAUGAACUUGAAGAACAGAGGGUAUCGAUGUCAUUGACUUUGCAGGUUGACACUGAAGCACCUGUGCACUCUGAUUCUACAGCUCCAUGGCAGACAGCAAGACAAGUCCACUGCAGAACAACAAGAAGAUUGGGGAAAGUGGGCACUCCUGCUGUGGAGAGAAAUGGCACCUCCUCUACAUCCAAGUCAACAUCUAUGUACUUAAAUGAUCAGGAUUUACUUGACCAGGGUGAUGGACAUUUGAGUAAGACAGAGUUGUUUGCAAGAAAAGAGAGGAAACUGAAAGUAGACAAGCAGAGAAGAAGGUGUACGUCCUUGGCAAAGAAGAUUGAUGUUCAAGACGAUGGCGUGCAGACUGGAAACCUCAAGGAAGUGGCUGUCCCUGUUGUGUCGUUGUCAGGUAGCGGCUCCAGUCGCCUCCUGCGAAGCUUUUCCUGUCCCGACAUCCCGUCCUUCCUGCACAGUGACUAUGCCUCAUUGCCACCCCUGCAUGACCCAGUUCCUCCUUCUCCACCCAAAAAGUCCUGCCCUGCACCACCACAUACUCCGCAUCCUCACUCUCCGUCCAAACGUGCCCGCAGGCACACCGUGUGUAGCGUGGAGAUAGAGCGGGAGAUCGCCCCCUUGUGCCUUCGAAAGGAAGUGUGCCCGUAUUCACACUCCAGCUCCCUCACAGCCCUCGCGUCCACCUUUUUGUCCAGUCCCCUAGCCUUCCUGUCCAAGAAAUCAAGCCAAGGAUGUAGUGGUGAUUACCUUGGCCUUGCCCGCACUUCUCCACGUAGAUUCAAGUCCUCAUCACCCUUUUUCCUGAAAUCCCCCACUUCCCCAACCCUCACCGCCAAUCCUGCUUUCUCCGCCAGUGUCCCUCACACACCUGAGCAAUCCUCUGCUUCUGUAUCAUCUCCAUGCAGUGUAUUGGAGCCUGUUCCCAUGGAGGCUGAUGUGGUCCAGCAAGUAUGUGAGGAAUGUGAGGAAGAUGAGCAAUCCAACUUCAGCCUUGAGCUUUCAUCCAGAGUCGAUUCUGAGGAGAAAGCUUUAUCGGAUUCUGAGAUCAAGACUGAUGACAAGCAAAUGGAGCGAAGAAAAGUGUCCUCUAUCCGAAUCCGGAAAACUCUUCCCAAACCCCAGUACAACCUCACACCAAUGGGCCUCCCAAAGGCCAUCAGGAUAAAGAAAAAGGUUUUUAGUGUGGAAGAAAUCUACACAAACAAGAACUUCAGCAAACCUCCUGAAGGACGUUUGGAGACCAUAUUUGAGAUGCCCCUUAGCCGGCGGGAUGGGUCAGAGUCGCUGAUUGGUCUGAAACGGAUGAAGCGCUUUGUUGAAUUCCCUGAACUGGGUGUGGCCAGGAAACCCAAAAAGCCUCUGGUUGGUGCAGCAGGGGUAGGUGCAGCUCAAAGGAAAGCAGCGGGGAAUUGUGGAGUGGGCAGAACACGCCGGGGUGUUGGUGCAUCCUUCAAGGAAGAAGAGACGCUCACUCCGCAGGACCUUGAUUCACUGCUGUGCUCGAAACUGAACGAGCUGGACCUCUGGAUGGCGAUAGAGCAGGUGGCAUACUGAAGCCUUUUUUGUGUACUAUUGGUUUUGUUUUGUUUUUUUUUUGUGUUGUUUUCUCCUUAUUGUACAACCACUCCCUCAUGUUCAGCACGUCCAAGUAAUAUUAAAACCCUCCACAAAUGUACAGUUGUGUACUGUAUGUAUACAUGUACUGUUUUUUUUUUUUUUUUUUGUAUAUUCUGUAUAGUCUGUAAUAGUUGGCAUUAUUUGUGUAAAAAGUAUCUUGUGGUUGUUUUGUUGCUGUUUGUGAUUUAUAUUAUUGCUGUCAUAUGAAAACUUUAAUUCCAUUUAAAACAGCAGCUUCCAUUCUUUACAUUGUGAACAUUUCUUCAGCAUGAACUGAUAAAAUUAACUAAAAUUAUUUAAACUUCUUUUACAUUAACAUACAUUAAGUUAAGAACAUUUUGGAGAUGCAAGGUUUUUCAUAUGACAGAGUUUCAGUGAUGGCUUAUUUGAAGAGAUAUAAAGUGAUAUAUACUGAUAUAUAUGUACUAAUAUGCAGAUAUUUGGGCACCCAACAUAAAUGGUUUAUUUGCGCAAUUUAACAUGUAUAAAAACAUAAAAUGUGGCAUGUGAAAAAAAUAAUGGCAGAUUUUACAUCCUUUUUUACACAUUUUCAAAUUUUGCUUAGUUAAUUUAUAUAUUCUUAGAACACAUACUUUAAGCAGGGCUGUCCAAACAUUACAUAAUUGCUGUCAUAUUAAAGUCUAGUGUCUCCUUCCCCCAAAGAAAACUGUAUUAAAUGAUCCAAAGUUAAAAAAGUUUCUUUAAAUAAAAUCCUAUUUAAUGUAUUAACUUAAGUUUUUUUUUUUUUUUUUUACUUUUAAAUGUUCUAAAAGUUAACUUUGAGGAUACAAGGUUUUCUUAUGACAGCUACACAUUCUAACACAUCUGAAGUAUUUAUAAGGCUGUGUAACACCUACAUUAACAAAAAAAAAAAAAACAUUUGAAAAUUCAGGUUUUCUCAGUUUUUAUGUUUUAUAUUUUGAUCCCUUAUGGGAUAAACCUUUAUGUAGAUCUUGUAAAAUUUGGGAAAUAGGACGUUUUGUCUGUUUAUUAUUUUUGUAUCUGGGUUUUUUUUAGUUUCAUGUUGUGGUAAGAAAAAUUAUGUUCAAUCAAUUUGUAUUGAACACUUUACUCUAAACUAAACUGAUCCACAUUAAUUCUGCUCUCUCUCUACAAUAAACUCUCUAUAUCCAUAAACUAUAUAGAAAAGCUUAUUUUGGCAGUUUUUUCAUUAUAGUAAGUAGUAUUUAAAAAAAAAUCAUAUUACUCAGCGCUAGGUGUUGUACAGCCUAAUAAAUACCAGCCUUUCAUUUCAGUGUCACUGUUUGUUUUAAUGGACUCUGCUAUAGGUUAUAAAUAUAUAUGUAUAUUUAAUCAAACUUAUUUGAUUGUCCUUAAAGAGCACUUCAUUUCAAAUGUUUAGGUUCAGAAUGUCUAGAAUUUGGGUUUUGGAUUAAAUGAAAGGUGCUUAAGCCUCAUUAUAAUAUUCUGACCGAUUGUGUGGACUCUCAGACUUAUUGUAUUGUAAGUAUCCAGGCUUUGAACAUUGGGAAAAGUGGAGAACCCUUUUGAAUGCUGGUCAUGAAGUGCCUUUAAAGCUUAACUCUCUCAGGGUACUCUUUUUCAUAUGACCAUGUUCUUGUUAAAUGUGCCAUAAACAAUUAGGGAGCAGUGAUGGAACUGAUAUACAGUUUAUGCUGGAUUUGUUUUAACUGCAUGAGGCAGCAAUAACGUUCCAGUUUUCUAAUGGAGGAAUGUAUUGUUUGUAAUUCAUUCUUCAUGAAAAGGUUUCGUAUAGUGAUGAGUAAUUGUUAAAGGUUGUGUGGUUUCCCUCAGGAAAACUUCAGAUUUAAACCCAGACAAUGUCAGCUGUUACGGGAUCUUUGUUCUUAGUAAAAAAAUAAAACAUUUAUUGUAGUUAUAAAAGCGAUGUUUGUAAUGGAUGUUGGUGUCUGUAACUUGGAUUUGGUUUUAUAUGGAAUCAGUUUGAAACAUUUGUGUGUACAUUUUCUUAAUCUAAAGGAAAUCUUACAGAUUAAAUCACAGAUGCAUCAGAAAGCGCUGACUGUUAUGUAUUUUAUUACCAACCUAAAAAAAACAGAAGCACAGUUUAGCAUGAAUACAAUUUUUGAAGAAGCGUAAAAACAGUGUACAAAAAUAAUGUAACAAAGCCUUGUUUUUUUUUUGUGUUGUUUUAAAGACGGCAUUUUUUUAUCAUACAUUUUGCAGAAGUGUUUUGAGCACCAUCUUGUUUGUGCAUCUUUGGUGUUUACUGUCCAGAAAGCAGAAUAUAAAUAAAUAUUUCACAACAAUGUGCUUUAA